AUGUCCGUUUCCAUCGAGACCACUGUAGUGCCCCAGGCAACUCCUACUUCCCAGAAGGAGGUUGCGCUAGGAACAAAGAACAGGCUCCCCGAGUUCAGUCUCGCGGGGAAAGUUAUCUGCGUCUCCGGGGCCGCUCGUGGCCUGGGUCUCACUCAAGCUGAAGCGCUCUUGGAGGCCGGUGCCAAAGUCUACGCCCUUGACCGUCUGCCAGAACCUGAUUCCAGCUUCUACCACAUCCAACAGCGUGCCAUUGAGGAGCUGGGUACAGAACUGCACUACCGCCGCAUAGAUGUGCGGGACAGUGAGCUCCUUGAAACUGUCAUCCAGGAGAUCGCGGACAGAGAGGGCCGCAUGGACGGUCUCGUGGCCGCCGCUGGCAUCCAACAGGAGGUGCCUGCCCUCGAGAUGUCGGCCAAGGACGCCAAUACCAUGUUCGAAAUCAACAUCACGGGUGCCAUGAUGACCGCUCGGGCCGUUGCCAAGCAGAUGAUCCGCUUUGGAAAUGGGGGGAGCAUUGUCAUGAUUGCUAGCAUGAGCGGUACCAUUGCGAACAAGGGCCUCAUCUGCGCCGCCUACAACGCUAGCAAGGCGGGUGUCCUCCAGCUUGGCCGCAACCUCGCUGCUGAAUGGGGCACGUACGGUAUCCGCGUGAACACCAUCUCCCCAGGCUACAUCGUCACCGCCAUGGUGGAGGAUCUGUUCGUCAAGUACCCCGAGCGUCGGGAGAGCUGGCCCAAGCAGAACAUGCUUGGCCGUCUCUCGUCACCCCAGGAGUACCGUGGCGCCGCCGUCUUCCUCCUCAGUGACGCCAGCAGCUUCAUGACGGGCAGCGAUCUCCGGAUUGAUGGUGGUCAUGCCGCGUGGUAA